AUGCCUUUUCGUGAAUCCCAGCGUCCAAACUUGCGAACUCGUGAUUCACGUUCAGUUUCGCCACCUUUAAGGGCCGAUGCGCUUCCCGCCUCUUUGAGAUUUAUCACUGGUUCUGAAAACCAAUAUCACGCAUCCAUCUGCUUAUUGCAGAAGACCCGUCAAGAUAUGGAUAACGUAGUGUCACAACUUCGAUCUGCUAGCACCUGGAAGCCUGCCGCUGAUUUGGGGACCCGACUAACCAAGAUCAUACGCGAGACCUUGCGAGACCAUACAAUGGAAUCUUACACCUACCGAGUCGAUUCCCACAAAAAGCCCAUACAAAGAUCAUUUGAAAAGGUUGCUAUGCUCUUAACCAAUAUGCUUGUAACUCACGCAAACAUAGAUGAACCCGCGCAGCCGGUUCCAAAGCUGUCUGAAUUGUUAUUACUGUUGAAUCAUUUUUUUAAUCCACAAGAUCCUCACACUGCAAAAGAACUUGAGGCUGAGAUGGACUCAAAGGCCAAAGCUCGAUUUGCUUAUCUGACAAUCUUUGACAUCAAGUCAGACGAAAAGUUUAGGGUUCCCACUGAUGAUGAUGUAUCAGAAGCAAUUGACUUCAUGUCUUCAAAUGCCGAGUGA